AUGGCCAGUUCCAAGCGAGUCGCCGAGGUACUCCUUGAGCCUUUGGGCCUCGAAAUCACUUCUUUCAGAGAACUACAAACACUAUGGGCUGGAUACGGAGACAUCUGUGCCCUUACCGCAAGACCAGCCGAUUCUAAAGCCGCAGCCGCAGUCCGCCACCUCGCACACGCAAGAGGAUCAAACAACACCUUCUUUCUCAUCCUUAAACUUAUUUCCCCUCCACCUGGUCCAACCGAUGAAGGACAUCUGCGCAAGAUUCUGAGUUACGAUGUUGAGCAAUAUUUCUACGAACAUGUUGCUCCGCACUUGGAAGAGGACACAGCUGUGGCACAUUGCUUGACCUCGAGCUGGAAAUCGAAACACGAUGGCGGAGAGCUGAAAGAUCUUACCGCUACGAUUCUUACAGAUCUGAGAGUCAAAUUUCCUGUUGAGGGGGGCCAGAGGUCCGUUCUUGGACCAAGACAGGUACAGUCUGCGCUGGAGUGGUUGGCCAGGUUCCAUAGUAGCUCAUGGAAGUCACUGCCCCCGAAUCUCGAUGACUAUCUCCUUCCACCAAUGGACGAGUUCAAAAGACGAGAGACUCAGACUGGAGGGGCCAAGUUGUGGCUCAACGGCGGCUACACUUAUCUCGCCACACGACGCAGCGAGUACAAUUCACUUGCUGUCGAUACAUACUCUGAAUGGUCCGAGGCUUUUUGUACGCCCUUGCAAGGGCCAGGCAAGUCGAUGGCGGAACUAGUAGCCGAAUUCUUGACUCCCACUGGCCGACCAUUUGAGACGUUGAUUCACGGCGACGUCAAGUCCGAAAACCUCUUCACCACCGAGUCUGGUGAAAAUGUCUGCUUCUUUGACUUUCAGUAUGUCGGUCUAGGUCUCGGCGUAUGCGAUCUCGCCAAGCUAUUCACAUGUUCUGUCCCGCUGGACAUGCUAACUGACAAACCCUCGAUACCGCACGAGAUGGCCAUGGACCAUGGCGAGGAGGCUUUGUUGUACUUGUAUCAUGAGACAUUGCUUGGUCGUCGACCUGCUGAUAAAGGGCCGUUUGAUUAUGAAUGGGAUACGUUCGUGAGACACUGGGAGUGUGCUCUUGUCGAUUGGUGUAGAUUCCAGGCGUCGUGGGGAUUCUGGGGGAAUACAGAGUGGUUGGAGGCCAGGGUUAGAUAUAUCCUCAAGGAUGAGAAAUGGAAGGAAUGGCUGAUGAAAGAGACUUCUGGGACGGGUCGAUCUUCGAGCAUAUAG